AUGCCCGAUAAUCGCACACCCGCUGCAGCUCAACAGCUCAUGGGCGCUUUCCAAGCUGCCAUCUCGAGCCUUCCGGCUCCCAUAGAUCGAUCCAGAAUUGCCAUCGGGGACUUUGCGCUGUUCGAGAAACUGUUAGGGUGCACUGCUCUCCUCACAGAAGGGCUGCUCUCAGCUGCAGUGUCAUUCAAGCAUCCAACGCGGUUGGUACAUCCGCUUGGACCAGGGCCGUCGGGCCCGAAGAAGAAACUAAUAGUCUUUUCGCGAGAGACAAGGAACCAUAUCGACAUGCGCACUGUAUUGCUGGAGAGUCUGGUGUAUGCUCUACGUUGGGUCGGGUUCUCAUACAGUGUCUUUGAUGAGAUUAUGUGCGUUCACAUAAAGAACAUGGAUUCUCUACACGACAUACCUUCCAAUCCACAAGGGCCACUGGGCUUCAAAUUCUUGCCUCUCUUCAUCUGCCUCGGUCGUCAAGCCCCAAACACGGACAUCGACAUGUUAGUCCGAGGUUACGACGGCCUCUCAACCGCGCUAUGUGGUCUGCGGAACUUCCUUCAUCGAUGGUCCACGCAAGCUUUACUCCGCUUCACCUUCUUCUUUUUCCAGCGACGGGUUGGCCUUGCGCAGAAUAUCGUGGACCACUUCGAAUCUUGGUACCGAAUAGGAGGCAACUUCAUUAAUAACGCCCGUACUCUCCAUCCAGGCGAUGCCUUACGCCUAGGCCAAGCGACUCAAGCUAGUAACAUGGGUGCCCAAGUCGAGACAGCGAUGAGAGCACGCGUCCAUCCUCCUUUUACGGGCCAAGAAUACCUCCAGCUGUGUGUUGCGGUACCCGGUACACCACAAGAGCGACAGCGAAGUGCUUGUCUUCAAAUGCUAUACGUCUUGAUGCAGCUGAAUAUCAACAAAAGCAAUGCCGCCUAUUACAACCACAACCGCAACUCGUUUGCCUUCACGCAGAUGGUGGUAGCGGACAAGAAGCUACUCGGUGAUAAUGGGGAGCUUAAAGGCAAGAUAAGCCUAGCGGCGGCUUCGCUGAAGUGGAACAUAAAAGGCAAGAAGACUAAAGAGAUUAAGUUUAAGAGCGAAGGAGAGAGGCUAGAGGCGCUUAAGAAGUACUUUAGAAUAAGUAAAUCUACAAAAGGCCUUCACACAUCGACUAAGUUUGCGCGCGAACGGACGAGCCCUGCACUCAGCAACUAUGGGAGUCCAGAAGAAGACGCGCAAGUUUGCGCAAACCAAGAGGAUAGUCGUAAGAAGAACCAAAUGGCCGGCGAGCUAGAAGCAAAGAAGAAAGAGGAAGAAAACAAGGCAAAGCGAGAAAUCCCCCAAGUCUCCUCCGCCCUCUUCUUCCAAGCCAACACCGCCCUCGGCCCCCCCUACUCCGUCCUCGUCGACACAAACUUCCUCUCGCACACCGUACACGCCAAGCUGGAGCUCGACAAAGCGCUCAUGGACCUUCUCUACGCCAAAGCCACACCCAUAAUAACCACCUGCGUAAUGGCGGAGCUCGAGAAACUCGGUCCAAAAUACCGCAUCGCGCUGCGCAUAGCGCGCGACGAGCGCUGGCAGCGGCUCAAGUGCGAGCACAAGGGCACGUAUGCGGACGACUGUAUUGUGGAUCGCGUGCAGAAGCAUAGGAUUUACCUUGUUGCGACGAAUGAUCGGGAUCUUAAGAGGAGGAUUAGGAAGAUUCCUGGUGUGCCGAUUGUGAGUGUGGCGAAGGGGAAGUAUGUUAUUGAGAGGUUGCCGGAUGUGCCUGAUAGUCAUUAG